GCUGGGACCCAGAAAACCCGGCCGCCAUCUUAGAGCGGUUGUCCUGCAGUCUUCUUGGUGGUUUAUAGAAAACAAGAAGGAUGCCUCAGUACUGUUCGGCGCACUUAUGUUCAAAUCGACGGACUGUUGACUUCAAGGCUCGGGGGAUAACUUUUCACAAGUUUCCCAAAGACAAGGAUUUGAGAAGGAAGUGGGAAUUGGCUACAAGGAGAGAGCGAUUCGCUGCCAGUAAGACGUGCGUGUUGUGCAGCGAACAUUUCAAACCAGAGGACUUUGACAGGACAGGUCAGACUGUCCGACUGAGAGAAGGAGUCGUUCCUUCAAAAUUCAAACUCCCGCCUCACCUCCAGAAGCGGGAAAAGCGCAGAACUACGCUAACCUCCAGGAAAGCGGAAGCUAGCCCUCCUGUAGCCCCUCAGGUUGUCCCAAAACCUUCUACCCCUAAGCCUCCAACCAACGAUGACCACUGCUACGCCUUGCCGAAUUCUCUCCCCACCGUCGCGGCUAAACUGAAGGAAGCCUUGGCGAGGCUGGAAAGUCUGGAGCGGGAGAAGAAAAACAUAGAGGCCAGAGAAAAGAGGGCAAAGAUCACAAUCCAGUCUCUGUUGGAGGAAUUAAAGGAUAAGAACCUCCUUAAUGAGGACCUCAAAGAGAGGCUUGAUUUCUACUCCGCUCUUCAGCUAGACUUUAUGAAAAUGAAGGGCAAUGAGUACACCGAGGAGCUCCGAGAGUUCGCCGUCACGCUCCAUCUGCUUGGCCCAAAGGCAUACAGAUACCUCCGAGAGACUCGGAAAUUUCCCCUCCCACAUCCACAUACGUUACAAAGGUGGCUGGGCUCAGCGGACGACAGGCCUGAGCUGAGAACACUGCUGGAUACGCUGGAGGAGACCAUCCAGGAAGAGCAGACUGAAUACGAGUUGGUUUCGCUCGUGUUGGAUGCCACAGAAAUCAAAAACCCGGAGCAAGAGAUCAUUCAGUUUACUGUAGAGUGAGACGGCCAGCUAAACUCAGAGCUCUGCUAGUUAAACCCCACGAACUGAUCCCAAUAGAAAUUCAAUCCAAAACACAAGCGGGGGGGUGAGUGGGGGAGACGGAAAACGAAGACGACGAACGCGAGGAAUCAGAAGAAGACUCUAAAACGGAGGACAAGUCCACAUGUGGGGGAAUAUGCUAACAGCCGACGCUCCGGGAGAAAAGCUAACGGCUGAUAACGCAUCAGCCCGGCUAGCAUCACAGAACCAAAAAGAGUGGUGGAAAAGGACUAUGUGACAUUUACAGGAGUUUAAAAACAACUUCAGACAGGAAAUGUAAUGAUAAUAAUUAAUUAUUAAUUCAUUCUUAUAUAUUCAGAGAUUAGAUUUAACCCAAGCUGGCAGAAAACCCAAAGCAGUUACAGAGAAGGGCAGUAGACGAGUUAGAGGAUGGAGCGAGUAAGUAAAGCUAACCUUACUGAUGGUCCUCAAACAACAACAAGACGAAGGACGAGGUGCAGAGCAAGCCUCGGUUCCCCGCUACCCAGGAGAACAUCUGUGAAGGAACCUGGCCUGGCAGAACAGAUGUCAAACCAGUGGUUUUAUUUUACCAGGAAUGUCCCAGUGAGGCGGUUAGGAAGCACAGAGACUACAGAAACGUUAAGAAGAUGCUAAAGGAAAACAGUGUUAAACUCCAGAGAUGAGAAUCCACCGGGAAGACCGACAACGACCCACAGGAAGCGGCGGCGGGGGGAAAACUGGAUGGAGGUGUUCCAGUGGGAGCAGAACCAUGGGACAUCACCAAAGAACUAUCCAGAGAGGAAAACAGAGAAGAAGAAGAUAAACAGGGAGAGGUUGCUGUUAGCUUACAUUGACAGAGGAGACGUGGACUAUAGGAAAUAUAUCAGAUUAUCAAUAACUUUAUUUGAAUUCACACUCUUAUGGCCACCUUUUGUAACAAAUGGCUGAAAUUUGCUUUAAUUUACAUAUUUUAAUCUUUAAAACUGCAGCUCAUCUCCCCUAUUUAGGUCUGUCUACUGAAAACAGACGAUCUGAUGAGAUGAAUAGAAACUACUGCUGGGUGUAGAAGGGAAGAGGAACUCCUGCUUGGGUUGUUUUCUACCUCAGAAGAUCCCUGGGUUAACCGGGUAGAUGUUCAUAAUGUUCCUUUGUUGUUAUGUUUCUGAAUGUUCAGCGUUUGUUUGGUGUCAGGGUGACCGAACGCUAAAACUACUUUGUUAAAGACGCAACCUAAGCAGCUAUUAAUGAUACAUCUCAAUGUGAAUGGGCUAAAUCACUCCAUAAAGGGAAAAAAGGUUCAGAAAAUGUAGAAAAGUUGACCUGGUUUACUUACAGGAGAUUCUAGCAUGUAAAUGAAUUAUUUUUUUUAAUGUAACUGAAAUCUGGUGAAAUGUAUCCGGUUAUGGGUUAAUCUAUGAACAUUAGCUGCCGUGGUGUUUUGAUUAGAACCGUCAGAUUGAGAUAUUUCUUAAUGAAGGUUUCAUUAAAAUAAACCCAAAGUUUACAGUAAGAUUGAUCUGAUCUAAACACGUGAAAAAGAAACACUUUUUUUUAUUGGGUGUUUUUUAUUCUGUAAAAUAGACAAAUGAAUGACUUUAUAAGCAGGUUACAGGUUGAACAUUUAGAUUUUUGUUCAAACGGUUCCUUUCUGUUUGCCAGGAGAAGUUGUGAAAUAAAAAUGUGAGAAAAUAGUUUAUAUCUGUUAGGCUUUGAGUUCUGAGCAGCGCCCCCUGCUGAUCAGUCUGUCACAUUUCCACUGUUUCUGAACAGCUUAUUCGCCUAUUUGUUUUUCUUGUUGCUUUCAGAGUGACGGGAAGGAAAUGACCCUCCUGUACACGAGAACAAAUGAAACAACUGUUCAACACUUUAACUAAGAGAUAAUGUUGUAUUUACUGAUUGUCCUGGACCAUUUAUUGUGACGCCAGUAAAGCUGCGGAAAAGGUCUUGAAAGAAAAUCAUCUUUUAUUGCUGUAGCAUAUCAACUACACUUCAAACUUUAGAAAUAUUUAGUCAGGAAACCUUAAACAAUUUUCUACAAUUUUACCGCUGCCACUCCCAUUGGUAGCCCUAACAUUUCCUAUAAACUAAAUGCAGCUCAAGCUUUUAGUUUAAACUUAUAAACCCAACUUUCCUGUUUCUCUGGCGUGUAGAUAUGUCCAUUUACCUUAGCCACUCUUCAUAAAGGAGAAGACAAGAGAGCAUGUCAUUCUAGUAAGGCAACGCUAGAAAAUGGUGACCUGAACAUGUCCAGACCUACUAUAAUAAUAAUAAUAAUAAUAAUAAUAAUACGACACCUUAUUGGCAUGACAACAUCCUGAAUCACAUCCAGAAUGUUUUCCACGGUUACAGACUUAUUCCCAGAUGAAGUAAAUAUAUUUUUACAUAAAAUCUCUUUGCCCAACUCUUCAUUAUGAAAAAGUGGAAAACCUCCAAAAAUAAAUGCCAUAUAUUAAAGUCUUUGCUUAACCGUUUGGUGCUUCAGUUUUUAGGCAUUUUCCUGCAGUCCUCUGCAGAUCCUCUCAGCCAGAUUAGGUUGCCUGAAACCUCUUUUAUAAUUACUAAAAACUAUUUGUUCUUUGUUUCACCUUUAUUUUUACAAAUAAGCCACUUUGAUCUAUUCUUCUGGUCUUUGCUUUUUUUCUACAGUUGAUGCGUUCAAACAAGUCGCUGCUACUUUAGUUUUGCAUCAAUAUCUUUAGACUGAGGAUGAAUUUAAACUAAAUACAAGUUUUUUUUCUAUUAUCGUAGACAACUCAUGAAAAGAGCUUAGCAAAGACUGCAGCAUGACUUUUCUUUGAAGAAAUGAGAACCAGUGAAGGAAAAAAACAGGAAACGCCAAACAGAAGAUCUGCUUGAAGAGAAUUAUCCCCCGGCUUUUAAUUUCAUCAAUGAAAAACCAACACAGUU